UGUGUCCAGGUGUUACCUGACUGAGGCUCUAAGCCUGAUAUUACCGCCUGCUGCCUGGAUCUUUUUGGCUAUUCGUUGACCAUGUUGGUGCCUGAACUGACCCUGGCUUGUUUAUUGACCUUGUUCCUUCCUGCUACCUGGACCAAUCCAUUGGCUGUGCAGACCAUGCCUCUGCCGGGAUGAAUCCUUUUUUGGCUGCUGCUGACCAUGUCUCUACCUGGCACCAGUACUGACCUAUCUGCAUGUCCCACUGGCUACAUUUCUGAGAGACACCAGUCCCACCUAUCCUAUGUGGAGAACUACAAGACUAGAACAGUGUCUUUGCUAAUUUUGUUUGAACAUCUGAUGGUAUCGUCAUGGCUGCUAAAGUCGCCAAGGGUUCCAUACGCAAAUCCAAACCAAUUGUGGUCAAGACAUCUCUGAACAACCCGUAUGAGAAGAUGUGGACACCUGUUGUUGGGGAGGACAUGCAGUUCAUAUUAAAGACCUUAACAGAAAAGUUCACCCAGGUUGGGCUGAAGAAAGUUGAAAUCCAUAAGAAAUUUAUUAAAAAGAAUAAAGGAUCAAAAAAAGAAAACCCUGAUGGAACAGACAAAAAUCCUGAUUUAGGAGGAGAGCGGUCUGACAGAGAGAAUGCUGAAGAGGAGCCUGUAAAGUCAGGAUGGACCUUAAGCGACGUCCGCAAACAUCUUGUAAUUGGCAUCAAUGAGGUAACCCGUGCUCUAGAGAAAAACGAACUGCACCUGGUGAUAGUCUGUAAAUCUGCUAAGCCGCAAAUGAUCACCCAACAUAUAACUGAACUGAGUGCCAGUCGCGGAGUCACAGCUUGCCAGCUACCGAGACUUAGUGAGAAUGUGGCGCCAGUGCUUGGCUUGAAGUCUGUACUGGCGUUGGGCUUCAAGAAAACCUCAGAUAUGUUUUUAGAGGAAGUGGAAGCUAUCGUCCCACGGGUGCCACCCCUUAAAGUAUCCUGGUUGACCAGAAAGCCACGGAGAACCAAAGAGAAUGCAGUGGAUGACAAAGGGACUGGGAACGAAAAUGAGAACAGUCCGACCUCCAGAAAGCGCAAAAGCCCAAAGGCUGAGGAGGAUGGAAGUGUUCAGUUACAGAGCCUGAAGGUUAAAAAGAUUGUUCCCAACCCAAAUAAAAAACGAAAAAUUAAAGUAAAAAAGAAUGCUAAUAAAAAGUGACCUUAGUCAGUCAGUGCUGUCCAUGUUACUUUUUUUUUUUUUUUUUUUUUUUUAAACUACAUUUCCUGGGCAGUAGCAGGCAAGAUAUUAAAGUGGAAUCUACCUGAUACUAUUCUGUAUGGAGCACAGAAAAGUGAACUUGUUUAUUCUAACCAAAGACAUGGCAGGCUGGCCAGUUAACUGCCACAUUUUUCUUUUCUAAGUUUUCACAAUUCACCCAAUAAAGCUAUAUUGCAGUCCAAAAACAAAA